GCGGAGAAUUUAAUAGGCGAGAAAGAAGAGGCUCCCUCAUACAGAACCAGAGGGAAGAGGGAUCCAAGAUGAAAGAGGGAACCCUGGAUGCAGCAGACAAGAGCCAGUUAUAUUAUGAGGCUGGAGGAGGUGGUGACUAAUUUGCAUAUGACCCAGGGAAUUGGUUUGACCAGGUAUGUCAUUCACGUAGCCUGCAAAAAAAGUGGCCCUCCCACCCUAGCCUUUUAAUAUGCAAAUGUAGGGUGCCACGAUGUUCUACACAUGUGGGGAUAUGUGGGGAUGGCCAUGUUGCUAGGCACAUGUGGGGACAAGAAGAAGAGGGGAAUCGCCAUAUUGAGUAAACCCAGUUUCUAAUGGCCUGCAUUUGCAUAUCAAAGCUUGCCAGCCCAGCUUUUUUGCUAGACAAGAAACAUUUCUGGAGCUGCUUUAAAAGAAAAAAAACUUCCCAAAGACCCCUUUACCUCUCUAUCUGCCUAAAAUAAUUUCUUAACUCCUGUAACACCAUUGGAGUACAGAAUCUGGUAAAUAUCUCAAAAUGGAAAACUUGAGAUUUCUUAACCGAGUCAAAGAUAUCUAUAAAGCAAUAAGCAGCUAUAACGAAGUGGGCUAUAGGAAAAGUUGGUUAACGUUUAGCUAUGCUUCUACUAAAAGCUUAUCUUUUGUUACAAAUCCAGCAAUUUGGCAGGGCACGAUGGCUCACGCCUGUCAUCCCAGCACUUUGGGAGGCUGAGGCGGGUGGAUCACCUGAGGUCGGGAGUUCCAGACCAGCCUGACCAACAUGGAGAAACCCCGUCUCUACUAAAAAUACAAAAUUAGCCCUGCAUGGUGGCGCAUGCCUGUAGUCCCAGCUACUCAGGAGGCUGAGGCAGGAGAAAUGCUUGAACCCGGGAGGCGGAGGUUGCAGUGAGCCGAGAUUGUGCCAUUGCACUCCAGCCUGGGCAACGAGAGUGAAACUCCGUCUCAAAAAAAAAAAAGAAAAAGAAAAAAUCUAGCAAUUUAGUUUUAUUAAAAUUAUGAUGGUUUCAGGGACACAAUUCAUAACAGGUUUAUAAAUGUAACGUUAUUAAUUUUAUGUAUUUUUCCUAUCUGUGAACACAACACUCUCAAUCCUUUCAGGUAUGACUCUAAUGAGUGUGAUACUUAAUGGAACUCCUGGGAACACAGUGGGCUCAGCCCCAGCAUUUACCUUAGAAGGCCAAUUUAAGAGUGGGGCCUGGGGGAAGACAGUUUUCCUACGGCUGGAAGUAUCCCUAUUUAUUAACCCUAGGCUGGUUUUAGGCACUUAAGUAGUUGUUGAAUGACUGAGACAAAUAGGAGACAAAGUGAAGGGAAGCUUCUUUAAUUGCUUCUUACCCCAGGGAAAGGCACAGAAUUACUACCACCCAGCUAGCUUUGCCCCAGGCUCUACCUUUUUCCCUCAGUGGCUAAAGGCCCCUGCUGAAACGACAAAGACCUUGGUUCACGUUUUAAGUGUUCUACCUCCCUUGUCUUAAAAUCUGCCUUCUGUUUAGAUUACAUCCACCCAUAAAAUCUCAUAAAGCUUUGACCCAUUCUCAAUUUUCAAAAACGAACUCAAGGUCUUUACUUGUCCAUGUCAGACUCUACGCAAGAAAUACAUAAUUUGCCCAGGUGAUGACGAAAAUGAGAUGGAACAACUUUUCCCUAUUCUCUUUAUUGUCAUAGCGUUGUUAAUAUCUUAAGAUUUGGAGGUAAACGGAAAUGGAGAAUCAGCAACUAUACUUCAACCUUAUUGUAAACAGACAAAACACUAACAAUAAAAAGUUUUGAAGUUAAAAGGACGUAAGUUCCACCUUCUAUCCUUUGUAGAGAUAUAAAAACAAAACAAAACAAACUCUGACUAGACAGGCUACCCGCUAGACACUCAAAUCGACCUCCGCGACCGGAGGGGGAAGCGCAACUGGUUAUGGCAACCCCCCUGCCACCCCGGCCCAUAACGCUUCACCACGUUCUGUGCCACGGCCGGAAGUGACGCAUAACCUGCGACGCCAGUGCCUGCCGCCCACGGCCGCAGGAGUCGGGCUUCGGUCGCACCAGAGACAGCGGACUUUCCUCCGAUGGUUGCAGCAGAGGGAUCAUGACGGGGAAAAAGUCCUCCCGGGAGAAACGGCGCAAACGUAGCAGUCAGGAGGCGGCCGCAGCGCUCGCGGCCCCGGACAUCGUACCCGCCUUGGCCAGCGGCAGCAGUGGAAGCACUAGCGGCUGCGGGAGCGCCGGGGGCUGCGGGAGCGUCAGCUGCUGUGGGAACGCGAAUUUUAGUGGAAGUGUCACCGGCGGUGGGAGCGGCGGCAGCUGCUGGGGCGGGAGCAGCGUGGAGCGCAGCGAGCGCCGGAAGCGGAGGAGUACCGACUCUUCCAGCGUCUCGGGCUCCUUGCAGCAGGAAACUAAAUAUAUUUUGCCAACUUUGGAAAAAGAAUUAUUCUUGGCAGAGCACAGUGACCUUGAAGAAGGUGGACUGGACCUGACCGUGUCAUUGAAACCAGUUAGUUUCUAUAUAUCAGACAAAAAAGAAAUGCUUCAGCAGUGCUUCUGUAUUAUAGGAGAGAAAAAGUUACAGAAGAUGCUUCCUGAUGUGUUAAAGAACUGUUCAAUAGAAGAAAUUAAAAAACUAUGCCAGGAACAGUUAGAGCUCCUGUCUGAAAAAAAAAUUUUGAAGAUUCUUGAGGGUGACAAUGGAAUGGACUCUGAUAUGGAAGAGGAAGCAGAUGAUGGUUCUAAGAUGGGAUCUGAUUUAGUCAGUCAGCAAGACAUCGGUAUAGAUUCUGCUUCAUCCAUGAGAGAGAAUAAGCAACCUGAAGGUUUGGAAUUAAAACAAGGAAAAGGGGAAGAUAGUGAUGUACUCAGUAUAAAUGCAGAUGCUUAUGACAGCGAUAUAGAAGGCCCAUGCAACGAAGAAGCAGCUGCUCCCGAGGCACCAGAAAAUACAGUCCAAAGUGAAGCUGGUCAGAUAGAUGACCUGGAGAAAGACAUUGAGAAAAGUGUGAAUGAGAUUCUAGGACUGGCAGAGUCUAGCCCAAACGAACCCAAAGCAGCCACCCUGGCUGUUCCUCCACCAGAAGAUGUUCAGCCUUCUGCACAGCAACUGGAGCUGCUAGAACUUGAGAUGAGGGCAAGAGCGAUUAAAGCCCUAAUGAAAGCUGGUGAUAUAAAAAAGCCAGCCUAGGUAUUUAACUUGAGUUUGAAUUUUAGGUAUGUUUGAACAAAGCCACAUCAUUUAAUUUUGUAUCUAAAAUUUAUUUGGGGUCUUACAUGUUAUUUCUCAUGUAACCCUUAUUAGGUCAACUCAUUUUAGCCCUAAAUUACCUGUGGCUGUUUCUUUUUAUUUUUUUGACUACUUUUAUAUUAUAAAUGUGUGUUACUGUCUUAAUGAAUUCAUCCAAUAUAGUUGGAUAGCCUGGAUACUUUGUUAGAUGAGUAUUUAGCUGUGUCUGCAAAUCUUAAAAGCCAUUAGCAAAGAGUCGUGGUAUUUUUUUCUUUAUUUUUAAAUGUUUGGGCACCAAACCUAAAAGCAAAACAUUGACGAAGCAUGUUUCUCUUAAGGCUACUUGUAUUUUACAAUACAAUAUUAAAUUAUUGCUUUAAAUUUGUUAACAAUUUGAGAAAUUUAGUUUUGCUUAUAUGCACUUUUUAAAUAUAUACUAUUUUGAAGAUUCCUUAUGUAAAUGCAAAUUUCCUAGUUAAAACCGAAUAACAGAGAUCUGAAAUGACUGAGAAAAACUUUUUUAUUAAAGGAAGGAAUUAAUUUAAGGCAAUUUUUAACUAUGUAGAACUAAUUGCCCAUGUUUAAUUAUAGCAGACGCGCCAUUCUAACAGGUAUUUGAUACCACUGGAUGCAUUAUUCUAGGUUUUUUCUUUAAUAAAAAUGGAACAAGUUUUCAUUUACAUUCCAAGCUGUCAGGAAAUGAAGAAUAUUUUAUUAUCUAGGAUUUUAUCUGAUGUAGUUGCUUAAAGAUCUGAUGUGCUAUAAUUCCAUGAAUCAGAAAUAAUAAAAUGCUAUCAUUCUGGAUCUGAAGACUUUUGAUACUUUUUCAAAAGCAAAAUUAAUUUCAGGAACCUUUGAUAAGUUGUUGUUACAAUUAAUCUAAUUUUGUAUAGUUUUUGUAAAUAAAUUACCAUCUUUCCACAAUUAGGGAUGCUUUUAUCCCCCCAUCACUAAUUGCAGUUGUUUGAUACCAAAAUAAAUUUACAUAGAGAUCCUUAAAAUAAAUUAAUUUUUUCAAAAAACAUAAAUCUGGAACUGUUGUUUCUAUAUUUGAUAAAUACGGUAUAUUUUAUUUAUAAGCCAUGGUCUACUGAUACUGUAUGAGGACUUUCCUUAUAUAUAAAAGUUGCAGGGAUUGUGUUUUAUUAGCUGCUUUAAUUAUGUUAAUUUUAGAGAGUUUUUAAAUGGAAAUAGAGGACAUUUAUGAAACGCUGGAAUUGCAGUUACAAAUUCUUUUUGUUGUUGUUGUUCCUGAACAUGCCUUGGAAUAAUUCUACCAUUUUUUUCCCCUCCGUAAAUCUUUCUAAUAAAGCAUAGAAAAAGCCUAUAUGAUUUUAAAUGCUUCUCUUAAGCUGGUAAACAGAUUUGAGUUAUGAGUUCAUUGUUAUUGCUUCAAGAUGAAAAGACAGUGAUAUAAUUUUUCUAUUUCAACGUAAAAGUAAUAGUUAAUAUGCUAAAGUAGUACAGAAUAAACUUUAUUGCUGCUUACUAAUUACAAAAUACUAUAGAUGGCAUCUGUAUGAUUAAACAUAUAAAGUAAAACAGGUCUGAGGGCUUUGUAGAUGAUUAAAGUCUCCACCUUCAUGAA